CGGCUCCGCUCCGCUCCGCUUUGCUGCUCCGCUCCGUUUGGACGGCUGAUGCGAUGCCCGGUCUGGAGCGCCUCCAGGGAUCGCCUGCCUCCCCGUAGAAUGUGAAUGAAGCGGCGCAGCACGACUGACGAGCAGGCUCGGGAAGACCAGCGCAGGCCUCGUGCGCCCCUCUCUCUCUCUCUCUCUCUCUCCUCGUCGCUUCUUCCGCGCGCGGCUCCUUCGGCUCUCCUCGGUCCUCCUUCUUCUCCUCCUCCUCCUCCUCCUCCCUCCUUCCUUCCAUCCUCGGCGGCCGGCCUGCUCUCCCCUCCCCUUCCCGUCAGGUUGCUUUGAUUCUCCCGUUCAUCACGAGCUGCUGCAAGGACCACUAGACCUCCAUGUAUGACAAUUUGUACCUGCAUGGAUUCGAAGACUCGGAGGCGGGUUCAGCAGAUUCCUACACCAGCAGGCCUUCUGACUCGGAUGUCUCCCUGGAGGAGGACAGGGAGGGAGGCCGGCAGGAGAGAGAACAACAGGCCGCCCUGCAGCUCGAGCGGGCCAAGUCCAAAGCUGUAGCCUUUGCAGUGAAGACCAACGUCAGCUACUGCGGAGCCCUAGACGAGGAUGUGCCGGUAGCUGGCACGGCCAUUUCCUUUGACGCCAAGGACUUUCUACACAUUAAAGAGAAAUACAACAAUGACUGGUGGAUUGGGCGGCUAGUCAAGGAGGGCUGCGAGAUCGGCUUCAUCCCAAGCCCACUGAAGCUUGAGAACAUCCGAAUUCAGCAGGAACAAAAAAGAGGACGAUUCCAUGGAAAAUCCAGUGGGAAUUCCUCCUCCAGCCUUGGUGAAAUGGUGUCCGGCACCUUCAGAGCGACGCCACCCUCGGCAGCAAAGCAGAAGCAGAAGGUGACAGAGCACAUUCCUCCCUAUGAUGUGGUCCCUUCCAUGCGGCCUGUGGUUUUGGUUGGCCCUUCAUUAAAGGGGUAUGAGGUCACAGACAUGAUGCAGAAAGCUCUCUUUGACUUCCUGAAGCACCGAUUUGAUGGAAGGAUCUCCAUCACUAGAGUGACUGCAGACAUCUCUCUCGCCAAGAGGUCAGUCCUGAACAACCCCAGCAAGAGGGCCAUCAUUGAGCGCUCCAACACCCGCUCUAGUUUAGCUGAGGUGCAGAGUGAAAUUGAAAGAAUCUUUGAGCUGGCCCGAUCUCUGCAGUUAGUAGUUUUGGAUGCAGACACAAUCAACCAUCCAACACAGCUGAUAAAGACGUCUUUAGCACCAAUCAUUGUACACGUGAAAGUAUCUUCUCCAAAGGUUUUGCAGCGGUUAAUAAAAUCCAGGGGGAAAUCCCAAAGUAAGCAUCUGAAUGUCCAGCUGGUAGCUGCAGACAAGCUUGCACAGUGUCCACCGGAAAUGUUUGACAUCAUUUUAGAUGAGAACCAGCUGGAAGAUGCCUGUGAACAUUUGGCUGAGUACUUGGAAGCCUACUGGCGGGCCACACAUGCACCUAAUAGCACUCCCAUGAAUCCACUACUAGGCCGUAAUCUUGGCUCUACCGCACUUUCGCCGUACCCCACGGCUAUAUCGGGAUUACAGGGCCAAAGAAUGAGGCACAGUAACCACUCGGCAGAGCACUCUCCUAUUGAACGCAGGAGCCUGAUGACUUCUGAUGAGAACUACCACAGUGAACGAGCACGCAAGAGCAGGAAUCGGCUGUCUUCUGGAUCCCAGCACAGCCGAGACCACUACCCGCUGGUGGAAGAAGAAUACUCCGACUCCUAUCAGGACACGUAUAAACCACAUCGCAACCGUGGCUCUCCAGGCAGCUACAGUCAUGACUCGAGGCACAGGCUUUGAGUUUACUGGGAACCCGCUAGGCCUCUCCUCUCCUCUCACAGCCCAGUUCUGAAGAGCUAAGACACUCCGGUUCAGUCUCAUGAGUUUUCCACACGUGAUACCUCAUUUCCCUUUGGCACUGGUUCUCUGAUCUUGUCUAGAUUGGUGUGUAAACGGUGCAGUACACUUUGGAUGCUGACUUUUAACAUUGUCUGUUCUAGCGUGAGAGGAUGUAGGCUAACUUCUUGAAUGCUGAGCGUGUCUCGGCAAAUAUAGACACAGGGAAUUUGUUUUUUUUUUUUGUUUUUUUUUUGGCCAAGUUUCUGUAUGUUUUCAAUUUUUUUUUCCGAGAUACAAUAUCACUGCAUCGUAAAUUGCUUUCAUUUUUGGUUUUAUUUUUGCAGCUCCGGUGGAAUGUGACCAGAAUUCUUAAAUAAGAAAAAAUUCUGAACCAGUGCCAGUGAAAAAAAUUGGAUAAAUGUUUGUGUAAAGUUUGAUUCCCACGUUUUUCUGGGUGUGACUGGAAUAUGGGGUAUGGCAUAUUUGUGACAAUGUUCGUUUUUUUCUUAAUUUUUGUAGCACUGUACGCAGUCCAUAAAUGGAAAGAAACAACAUUUUCCCUGAUAUCUGCAGCAGAACAGAAAGCUGGUCGUGAGUGCACCAUUCUCCCUCUUCUCAUUUGCUCUUGCACCAAUUUGUGCCGUCUGGCUCAUCACGAUAGCAGUGGUUUGUAAAAAGAUCCGCCAAUUCUGUGGAACACGGUGUGGGGGAAUCCUUGGUGAUCCAAACAAGCACUGAUGUUCAGCGGCGCUGUGCAGUUACUGUCUGGUACUCUGGGACGAUGUCUGGCGCUCAGCAUGUUGUGCAGCCUUGUCACAAAGGAGAGGGGGAAAGUGAUUGGCUGCAAGCAGCAGUGUCAUUUACUGUUCAUUCUCUAGUGAUUACGGUGUGCUACUGCUGCCAUCAUGUUGAUGUUGACCACCUGACGUGUGUAAAGUGCAGGCUAUUCCUGGAGAUAUGACGCUCUUUUAUGGUUCACCUUGCAUCUCAGACUUAAAUAUUCAGAUUCACUUUAAUGAGGCUAAACAGUGCAGGCGAGUGGCCUGCCCUCAGACAGAAGAUGAAGCCACGGGGGGCUCGUGUGAUGCUCUGAGUGCCUGAGUGUGAUUUUGGGUGGCAUGGUGUCUUGUUCAGGACGUGAUUGAUUACUGCCAGCAUUGCUCCUUGCACCCUGGGUGAGUAACAGGCAUGUCCGAUAUGGACGAGUGUAGAAGAGCCAGGUGGGCUCCUCAAGUGUCACCCGUGCUUACUUGCACACUUUGAGUUGCUCGACAUCACUGCAUACGUGCAACACUGGGUGCCUUAAUGUAGUAAUCUGCUAUAGGCUGCGGCCUCCAUAUUUUGACAUCAGUCUUUUCUAUCUCUCCUGUAAUGUAGGGGGUGAACAGCACUGACGAGUUAGCCACUUGGCACACUCACACAUGGCACCAACAAGUAAAGGAGAUCCACACAAUAUAUCCAAGCUGGUAAUGUUGUGUUAAAAAUGUCACAAAUUCUGCAGAGCUACUGAAGACCUGAAGAAAAGCAUUUUUGUGUGCUACCCUGCUGUACAGAGAGGGUGUGGAGUUUGAAUGUGCUUUUUGACCACAAUUGUGGAAAACAAAUUUAGCUGAUGCAUUUGGCAUAAAAGGUCACUUCUGGCAAAUUGAACCGACUGUGCUCAUGUUACCCACUAGAGGGCACUUGCUUUAACUCUGCAGUUUGUUUUUGUUUUUAUUUUCUCGCCAUCUUUUAUUUUAGUGCCUCUUUAUCAAAGCCUUGUUGAAAAGUCUUCCAUGUCGAGUGUGCAACAAGACAUCAGCUGGCUCGGUCUUAGUCGGUCACUUUCCAGCCAGACUGCAGUAACUGUGAUAAGCAUACAAGCAAUUUGGAUCAUUUGGAACGUUCAGCUUACUUUAGAGAUGUCAAGAAUGCCUGUAUAGACGUUACUCUCAGACGGUACUAUCUGGUUAUCCGAGGGCAGGGAAAAAACAAAUGGGAAAAGCAGAGGAAAGUGAAGAAUGUGUGCAGGAAAACUGGCCUUGCCAACAGCCGUCUCAUCACGUAAAUAGCCUUAGAUGUGUCAAAGCGCCUUAGAUGUGCUCGGGCCUACUUUGCCAUUGAGGAAUUUGUUUUCAUGGUAACACAACUUCACUUUUCCAUGUAAAAGAUGGAGAAAGAAGGAGUCAUUUACACAAUAUAUAACCUUUUGAAGUCUCAGAUUUGUUAUCCUCAUCGCUGUCUUUUGAGUCAUUCGCCCCGUAGAGCUCCCAGACAUUCAGAAGGCCCACAAAAACCAUCAGGGCUUUAGCAGGCUAUUCGUUAUGGGAGACGAGCGUACUGUAAAAGGAAGAGCCACUCGUGGCAAACCCACUGAAUCAUUCCAUAGCCUGACUCGCGGUGGGCUUUGUUUGACUCCUUAAACCCUUGUGUUGUGGGGAAAAAAAAAAAAAAAGCGCAGUUGAUUUAGUGGUCCGGUGUGGUAGCCCGUGGCAUUACUGAGUGUGAACGUCAGGCAACUCCUUGUCAAUCAUAGAAACCGAAUGCACUUUACAGUUUGUGUCGUUUAUGCAUUAUAACAUUAAAUUGAACAGUCCGCUUUCCUUUAGUUGUUCAUUUUUCUGACAAUCGGUAUGUUGCCCUUUUUGUUACUCUGAGAUAUUAAAGUAUGAAUGUGUGUGUGUGUGUGUGUGUCCGCAUGUUCAGAUAACCCAGCAAUUGAAGAAGGAAAGCUUUGUGGAUACGGAUGUGGCUGUGCAGGGUUUACAGAGUUGUACUUUAAUUAGUGAGUUGUUGUCCCCCCACCAUGGACGUGAUGGCCAGGAAGACGGUGGUCUGAAAGAGGAUGGAUGGGUGUAGGCUGUGUGUGUUAAUCUAUACAGAAGAGAAUAUUGAUAUCGUAAAGGUGAUCAAAUGUAAUAGAUAAACACACACACACAUAUAUAUAUACAGAUGUUAAAAGAUUUCAAAUAAUGAACUGGACUUAAAAUACUCUUCCUAUUCUCGCUGUUCACUUCACCACAUUAUUCCUUCCUCUUUUUGCUGUGUGCAUGGUGUGUGUGCCAUCCAUGGCGUUUGCGAGUAGCAUUAACAGUCGGUUUACAGGAGAGUCUGACUUUGUGGUGUCAUCAAGUCCAAGCCAUCAGAACGUGCAGCCCCCCGGUGCACAGGGAGAGCACAAGCUGCUAAUCCCGGAUUUGCCUUUAAAGCCACGAGGCUGUUGGCACUCCUGGCACAGCUUGUGGUUGGAUUGUGUGUGGCGCAGGUGUAAUAUACGGUUUAGUGUAACUUCUUUUGAGUCGGCCUUCUCAACACGCUAAUGCCGUGCUGCCAAUGACGUGUCGAUCUGAUGCCUUACAUUGAUGAUGAUAUGUGCUUACUGCCAUACUUUGGUUGCCCGAUUUGUACUUUUCUCCACAGACGUGUUGCUUUAUUGCUUUAUUGUAAGCGCUCCUGCUCGCCCCCAAAGUCCAUUCAGAACUCCCAAGACUCCUAACUCGUAAAGGAACGACUAAAAUAGCAAGCACAUUGGAAAACUAGGAUUGCACAUUUGUGAUAGCACAAAGUUAGAUUAGACGUUGCCAUGCCCUUGUCCUGUCGGCGCCCUCUUAACUGGUUUAGCAGACUGCAUAGUAGAAGUCAAGCGCCAUCUUUUCAGGUUAGUACCUCAGUGUUAGCUUUUCAGAUACGACAUUACUCCGCAUGAUGUUUAAGAUACUCGCACCGACUGUGUAGUCGCUUUCAUAUCUCGACACCUUUCUGAAUCCCGAAUUGUGCAAUGCGCUUGAGGGGCCGCGUAGGGUCUCUGUAAGGACCCGCCCCACUCCUCCGUGUGAGAGCUGUUGUAUUCACGUUGUGAGCAUUUAUUUUUCUAGAUGGAUAUUAUUGUUAUUAUGAAUCUGUUGACUAUUAAUCUUCAUCAACCAAUUGAAGUGGUUGUUUAACUUUAAGUUGUCAUUAACCGUGUGUUAAUGCUGUAUAUGAGAUUUACACUACUUUGAGUAGUUGACUAUUGCCAGUGUAGAAUUCUUUAUCUGGUGCUACGUUAUUAUUCCAACAUGCCUAGCUAUGGUUGACAUAAAGAUGAGAUUAAAAAUAAAUCUAUUUAACUUUUAAAGUUUGAGAUUUUAUUUUUGCUUAUUUAUCGUGUAAUAUUUAUGAACUUGCAGAUAUUCACUUUAGAGCCUCCAAGCACAUGGUAACUGGAAUUCGUUCUGCUGACCGUGCUUGCAGUAUCAGCCAGCAUUUGCUUCUGAUUAAAAACACAUUUACGAUCAGAAGUGGUUCUCCUUAAGCCCCCUCAUUGUCCUUGGUGACCUGGGUAGGCCGGAUACGUACAAUAUGUCCGAGAACGCGGCAGAGCCUCGCAGAGAGUUAAGAAUAGCCAUCCUUGGUGGAGUACAAGAAGCACCAGGACACGGUGGCAGAGGGGCAAAGUGAACAAAGCGUGGACAGGGCUGAAAAAGGGGAGCCGAGACGAGUAGAGCCGCCGCCGGCGUGUGUGUUGCUACAAUGGGCUUCCUGUGCAAGUACUGUGACGGUGUACUGGUGGUCUGCAAUUCCCCACCCAAGAAACUGAAUAUUAAAGAGCGGACACCUAGUGGAUACAAAGGGGAAGUGACGUGGAGUCUGAGGUCUCUGCUGGCGUUCCGAAGAGCUCUUGGGACAGGUGAGCUGAUCUGUCAGCCCUUCUGGCUCCUGUCCCGUUACCUCAGUUGCAAAGCAAGUACACCGUAGCUGCAAAUCAUUAGGCGUGCGGCUCCGUUUGGUUCAAGCUGGUCCUCGAUUCUGGACAUCACUCGCUCCUUCCAGCUGAGCACGUGUGACAUGCGGCUUUGGCUCUUCACAGUCCAUAAUGAAGGCCAUCUGUUUGUACCACUCAUGGCCUGACUGGCGCCGUAGUUCAGUUUUGAUUUUCUUGUAAUCUUUGUUAAUGGCAGGAUCAGUGAAAUGUGGGUGCGGACUAAUGGGGUGUGAGACUCCACAAUGAGGUGGAAGUGCUCUGUCACUGUCAUUUGGAUUGUCAUGCUACUUGAACAUGAAGGUACGAACGCUUGGUGGCACAGCCUUGUUGGGGUCCUAUAGUUGGUCUGUCAUCACUGGAAAGCAUUUGGUCCUCUGUGAAAUUUGUGCUUUGGGUGAAAACCGUUCAUCCACCUUCGCAGUCCAUCACGAGGUGAACACACACGCGCACACACACACACAUCGACCUGCAUAUCUUUGGACUGGGGGAGGACACAAACCGUGGUCACCUGCCACCGCCCAGAAUCGUUCAUCGUAUCCCAAACUCAAACUACUGCCGUAGACUUCACAACACACACUGGAGACACGAGGUCCCCCCGGCCGUCCGCUCGAUGGCGUGACACACCCACGUGGCCCCCCCGGAUGUGACGUCCCUCGGCUUCCUCCUUGGAAUUGUGCGACCCCCUGCUGACAUUCGGGAAGGAGAGGUCUUGCUUUAGUGCCACCCGUGUAGCUUUGCUUUGUCACUUUGUCUUUUUGUUUUUUUUUUUUUAUAGCUGCUUUAUUGCAGUUGAUUUUAUUUUGUCAUUUGUGUUGAAUUAAUUUAUUUUUACAAAAGAGCCUUGACGAGGGCAUAUUUGGUGGAUAUUGCAUGUGUUGUCAUGGUAAUGUAAUCUUUUUCCGUUUUAGUUUCUUUUCCAACCAGUGACACUGGGACUUUUUAAAUGCAUUUUUUAAAAAGAGAUCAAAUUUAAAGAGGUAACAGUAUGUAUAUUUCAGUCUAAUAAUGGGGACCCCCUUCAUUUUUGCGGACGUUAGGAUGACAUAGAGUUAUUUUUGCGGUCACUGAAGAAGUUAUUUUUUUUUUAUGGAUGCUUCUCCCAGCCAGGAGUGAGCUAAAUUACAGGUGAACUCGACCAUUCUCUUGUUUUCCCUUUUCCGGUAUGAACCAGUUUUGGGCGUCACAGUUUGCACCAAUCGGCCGAUGGCUCCGCCUUCAAAGCGAGUUUUUCGUUUCUCCUUUUCAAGUCCGAGCCCCAACUUUAUCUGCUCCUUAAAUUACACACACUGACAAAAUCUGUGCAGAACGCGACAAAAGGCAUGCUGGGUAAAAUCCAAUCAUUUACUAUGCAAAUGUGUCAAGUGCUGCAUGCUGAUGCUUUAACUCUCCACAUACUGUUUAGCGGCUUUAUCCGAGUUCAACUGAAAUUGUGCUGUUAUUUUUGUGGAAGAAGACAUUUAAAAAAGGGAAAUGCAAAUUGCAUGCAUGAUACAACACUUUGGUUUAUGAAAUUCAAAACAAAAAAAAAAAGAAAUGUUUUAUGGGAAUUAGAUGUGUAAAAAAUAUUUAGCUGCAUUUAAAAGUUUUUUUUUUUCUAAAAUAAAUGGAAACUAAAACUUU